GCCCAGAUUAAUCUCCGUGGUCGAUUAAUCCGCCUGGUAUCCGGAAUCAGUGGAUCUAGCAACGGACGAAGCAACGAAUUCGGCAUUCUCCGUAAUCUGGUGAAGUGUUUGGUGAACGAAAUCUCUGGGAAUAAGGUGUGACAACGCGGGCUAGACAGCAAGUGCUAACAUGAACACGGAGCAGUGAACCGUGAGCGUAUGAGUGCAUAAUCACGAAAAACGAGAAAAGCGGAGACACGAUGAGAAGUGUUAGAAGAUAUCGAGAAGCGCGACCUUCCCUUUUCGCGUCCCUUUUCGUCAUCCUCGCUGUUUUUGUGAUCGGUGUACGCGGGCUCAGGAAUGUAUCUAUCGAUAUGCCAUUGGCUGUAGCAGCUGGCACGACCGUCAAUAUGAGCUGCAGAUACGAUCUACAAUCAGAUACUUUAUACACGGUGAAAUGGUACAAGGGUCCUGAAUUUUUUCGAUACAUUCCCAAAGAGAUGCCGCCGAUACGUGUUUUUGGAGAAUUGGGUACCAGGGUUCUUCAAAAUCGAAGUGAUGCCAAUCGCGUAGUUUUAAAGGACGUACAGUCAAACCAUACUGGAAAAUACCGCUGCGAGGUUUCUGGCGAUUCUCCGACGUUUAAUACCAUAACGGUCUUUGCUUACAUGUACGUGGCUAAUCUACCUAAUGGCGAUCCUCAAGUGAGAGUGGAGAAGAGUCGCUACGCAGUAGGGGAUACGGUGCGUGGAAACUGCACUGUUCCUUCUGGAAAUCCUCCAGCAAAUGUGACGUGGACUGUCAAUGGGGUGCCGGUGAAUUCUAGUUUCGUAAUGAACGUGACGGACAAGCUUGGUGACAAUCAGCAGCUGAUGACUAUCGCAGGACUGGAUUACGAGAUUAUACCUGAUAGCUUUAAUAACGGAAGAUUACAUAUUGUUUGUAACGCUAACGUCUUUCAUUUAUACAAAAAACAAGCUGAUGUUCGUUUGAACGAGGAACGACCACGUUUGGCAUCUGUACUAGGAACACGGGAAUCUUCUUAUAUCGGAGGUGCAGCGAAUCAUUUUGGAGAAUGGUUCUUCUUUAAUACCGUGGUUACGCUGUUGCUGUGCAAUUUGAGAUAACAACGAUGAACCUGUUAUUCACCUAUACGCAUGUGACUGUAUCGAAAUGGAGAGGGCAAAUUGUUUGUAAAAUUUUGAAAUUAUUAAGUGCGACGAGAAAAAAGCGACAAAUUUUUCGUUAACAUAAAUAUCGACCGUAUGUUAUUCGUGUAAAUAGGAUAAAAAUUUAGCUAAUUAUCUACGUGUAAUUGCGACCUGCGUUGUCUCGUUGCAACGAGACAAAUUUAUAACCUGAAUAACAUGUCAUAAUAUUAUGUAUUAGAUCGACGAUGUGUCGCGCCAAAGUAUUCGAGAACUUAUUUGAAUACUAUUAUACCGUGUUUUCUAUCCUCUGACAAUGAUUUUGAUACCUCUUCCGUAAAACAUUGUAGCUACCAGAAUGUAUCAUCUCACGUUUCUAGGUAAAAGCUGUUAUUGUUUGUGAAUGAAGUUUUACUUAAGUGAAAAACAAAUAAAUAAUUCACCUUCGUUACUUUGGUUUUUUUUAUAACUUCAUGUGUAUUCCAUUUCAUCCUGAACUAUCCUAAUA